AUGUCCAUCCAGAAUCUUAACACAUUCGACCCCUUUGCAGAUGCAAACAAGGGUACUGAUGAUGAUGUCCAAGACGGUCUCGUGCAUAUAAGAAUCCAACAACGAAAUGGUCGUAAGACCUUAACAACUGUACAAGGACUAUCGUCGGAAUAUGACUUGAAAAAAAUAGUUCGAGCAUGUAAAAAGGAGUUUGCGUGCAAUGGGACUGUAGUAGAUCACCCAGAGUACGGGGAGGUGCUCCAAUUGCAGGGUGAUCAACGUGAAAAUAUAUGCCAGUGGUUAACCAAAGCAGGUUUGGCAAAGCCUGACCAGCUUAAAGUUCACGGUUUUUAA